GCAUAUGCGAGUUUCUCACCGUCUGUUUCUGGUGCAGAUAAUUCUCCCCGCUGGCCGGACGGGGCACAAUAUGCCCGGGCCAUGCUGAAAGCCGUCCCCAGGGACGAGAAGGAGGCGAUCCCUGGGAUCAACUCCUUUAAUGCCGACCGGGUGCUGGUCGACCUGGCCGACGCUAUGCUGCGCGUAGAGGGGCUCAAACGAGCUUAUACCCGCAAGUCUGAAGAGGCGGAGAAGACCAAGGCCCUCCAACAGCAGAUUGAUCAACUGAAAAACCAAGUUGACCAACUGCAGGCGUCCCUGGAUGAUGCCAAUAAAAAGUUGGAGGAACAGAAAGAGCCCCUCCAACGGCUGAGCAAGGCGGAGACUGAAAAUGGCCGCCUUGCCAAAGAGAAUGAGCGCCUGCGCAAAGAGGCGGCUGCUGCCAAUGAGAACUUCAAGGCCACCUUGGAGGCGGAGCAGGACAGGCUCAUUGAGGAGAAUGAGCUUGGUUGUGCAAACCGGAUGCGACGGGCGUUUUCCCUCAUCCACCCGGAGACGGACUUCACCGUCUGGGAACUCGCCUUCAAAUAUUCUGAUCUUACCAUUCUGGCCGAGGAGGCGAAUGAGCCGGGACCCGGACCCUAUGACGCUUGGGUUGGGGAGGAGAUUGCGCGACGGCAGGCGGAGGCUGCUGAAGAGGAAGUUGUUCCUGAAGCCGACGCAGCCGCUCACCCUGAUCCAACCCAGAACCAACCGGAAGAGGACCGGUUCACUGUUCGCCUGGAGUAG